AUGUCCACUUUACGCAAGUCCACCGACGCGAGCUCCUUUGCAGCCCUUGCACCCGAAGUGCAACGCGACCCUUUCGAGAACCAGCUGCUACCAGCAUUACCCGUUAAAGAAAAAGACAGCCUCGAGUACGAACUAGCCAAGGCUGUAUCGAACCGCUGCUUAAGACUCGUCGAGAUUAAGGACCUUAUAACUUUCGACCGCCUGAACUUAAACGAGAAUAUCGAUAAUGCCUUUCAAGUUGCCGCGGAAUCAAUUAAAAAAGCUGCUAGCUACGAAAGGCCUUAUAAUAACGGUGAUCCGUUCCAACUUAUGUCGAUUCAUCGAAGCCUUUUAAACCAACGCCUUCAACAACUUCAUGCUUUACCCGAGCAACUAAUCGAUCAUAAGAAGAAGUUGUUUUCGGCAUUUAAAAAAGGAUUUGCUGUUGUGUUAGAUGCGGAAGCUAAGACUUACGGAGCCAAGUCCUUUUUUAAAAGCAAGAGCCGCCGAGCUAACGACCUUAUAGACGCCGACAAGUUAAAGGAUUUUAAAGAGAGCUUGCGACCGAUUGAAUUGUCUUUUAACGACUCCGAUUCAAGUGUAGAGAUCAAUUUAGAAAGUGCGAAAUCCACUCGUAAACUACGGUUCACGAGCCAAAUCGACGAAUCUAAAGCAUCGUCUUCUCAGCCGGAAUCCUUAAACCGCGCUUUCGAUAAAGCUAUAAAAGCCUUAAGUGACUUGCUCGAAAACGAGGACGACCUCAGUGGCUCUAGACCUUACUCUGGCCUCGCUAACCCUCCGUCGGCUAAGUUCACACUUAUCAACGAUGCUAUCAACAAGCGCAAGAACGACACGCGCUCUUUCACCCUUAAGGAUGCUGCUACUAGCACUUCAUCAUCUAAUGCUGGCCCAGCCAAAAGAAGAAGACCCUCCCAGCUUAAAGAGAACGAAAGAGUUAAGGACGUAAGUACGGAAAGAGACUAUAAAGAAGCUGCCGAAGCGUAG